UUGGUCUUUAUCACAUCUGCUAUCCUCGUCUUAAGCGUACGUUACGAGUCAUUCAUAAACUAUAAGUAGGUAAUUAAUGAUACUACACACGUUUGAAUCUUCGGUACUAUUUUUCGACGAGGAUUGUUCGUUAAGUUUUUAUUAUAUAUUUUACGACACUUGUUUCCCUAUAAAACUAACAAGCUGGUUCAAACCAUUCAAUAUUUUUCUGGCAUUCAGCCGAUUCACUUGUCUUUAACGAUUGUAAUUGUUAAUGGUUCAGUUGAGAUUAAAUAAAUAUUUCUCUAAAAUGGAAGAAGUCUACGCAAAAAUUUCUUUUGUAGAAUUAACUCCGGACAUAUUAGUGCCUUAUGAAUGGCCCGUUGGUCGUGUCUAUGACGUCGUGUUAAGUACGGGGAAUGAGAUCAUCAUGCAGAACACUCAGGAGGACCCAAUUCUCCAAGUGGAUGGUAUCCCGGCUAGGCUGUAUCGAUACGUCAGAAUGCAGCGUUUCUACCAUGUCUUCAAGAAAAUACCUAGAGAAGACGUGUUUGGUUGUUACGUUUACGAUAUUGCUUUGUCUGACGAUCAAAAUAAGGAUAGUAUGAAAGGUUACAGCGGGACUAACUCCUGUGAUGAUUCUAAGCCGAGACGUACCUGUUCUUACCUCGAAGAUUACACAAUAUCGUAUUAUUACGUUCCUCACCGUUCUAGACGGGAGCUGCUCAACAUGGACCCUAACGCUCAUGCGAUGCACCGAAGUAAAAUAUAAUACUUUAAGUGUGUUUCAACUAUAUCUCAACGCAGAGUCCUGUACAGGCCGCUCCAAGGGAUCGCUAUUUUGUCUUCAGAGAAGAAACAGUGAUAAAUAGUAUUAAGUUGUUUAUUAUACAAGAAAACAAGUUAGAUUGGUCGAGAUAUUUGCAAUACUUGCCUUCUUCUCGAUCAGUCUACAACAAAUUUCUCACAUUUUAUCAUUAUCAGAGUGCUUCACACAUAUUUCUGGUGAAAUAAUUAUCUAUAAAAAUGCUAUUCUUACAAGGGUGUCUUUCACAUUAAUUCCCAUCACUGAUUGAGAUAGCUACACAGAAAAAGAAGUCAUUUUGAGUUAAGUAAUAUUUACUUGAUCCAAGUAUAUUCAACUGAAGAUAAAAUAUAUUCUUGAAUUAAGU